AUGAAGAUGGAAUGGGAGAUAGUUUCAAAGGAAAUCAUCAAGCCAUCCUCACCAACACCUCAUGACAAGAAACUCCACAACCUCUCACUGCUCGACCAAAUCGUCCCGCCGUUUUUUGUUCCCAUGGUCUUUUACUAUCCCAACCUCGAUCGCGUGCCCAAAAGCUACGAGUCCGUUUAUGAAACCACCCAAGCCCUUAAACAAUCCCUCUCGAAAACCCUAUCCCGCUUUUACCCGUUAGCAGGAAGGAUCCGAGACCAGUUCUCCAUCGACUGCAACGACGAGGGUGUCCCCUUUGUCGUAACCAAGUUCCAUAAGAACCUCACCGAUUUCCUCCGAAAUCCUGUGCUGUCGGUCGAUCGGGCCCACAUCCCUGGCGUGCUCAACUGGGACGAGCCCGGCCCGGGUUCCGAGGUAGCCAUGUUCCAGGUCAACCACUACGAGUGCGGGGGCAUCGUGAUCGGCGUCCUUUUCCACCACAAGCUGGCUGACGGGCACUCCAUGGGCCUUUUCAUGAAGGAUUGGGCCUCCAACACCCGCGAUCCGCAGGCCCUGAGGCCCGGCCCGAGCUUCGACUUCGACUCCUUUUUCCCCCACAACCCGGCCAUGAAGAGGGACUCCCAUGUGUACACCGUCGUGAAGAAGUAUUUCAAGGUCGGGAAGCCCGUCAUAAGGCGCUACGCGUUCGAUGCCGCGGCCAUAUCGAAGCUCAGGGCCAAGCUGGCCGAAAACGAAGAAGGUGGGCCCGCCCGGCCCACGAGGGUUGAGGUCGUGACAGCUGUCGUAUGGAAAUGGUUCAUGGCCGCUUGUGUGGCCGUUGGUGGUGGGGAAAAUCCAGUACCCCUGUCUCUCAUCACACAUUUGGUGAACAUGAGGAAAAAGGCGGACCCGCCGUUCCCCGAGAACAGCUUUGGGAACUUCGUCUGGCUCCAGCCCGCCACGAGCUUCAACAACGGGCCCGGUAGAGACCUGGCCCAACUGUUUGGCAAGGUGCAUGGGGGAUUACGUAAGGUGGAUUCGGGCUUUGUCGAGAGGAUGGCGGGCCGGAACGGGUUCUCGGGCUAUGUGGAGAAUGUGAAGGACACGUGGAAGGAGUUUCCCGAGAAGGCGGAUUACGUGUCGUGUUCGAGCUGGUGCAACUUCGGGCUCUACGGUGUGGAUUUCGGGUGGGGAAAGCCCGUUUGGAUCACAAAAUGCGAUGAGGAUAGCAAGAGCGAGUGGCCCUUCUUGAACGUGCUUUGGCUUAUGGACACGAGAGGAGGUGACGGGAUUGAGGCGUGGUUGACUUUGGACGAGCACUAUGCGGCAGCGUUUGACGAGGUCAAAGAGUUUCGUGAUCUGGCUAUGAUCAAUCCUUGUCCGUUGGAUCUUGCAGGCAUAAAUUAA